AUGCUCUUCUCUGUAGUCACUACAAAUCUCUUCGUACUAUACACCUUCUCGUCUCGAUCACAAUCCAACAUCCCACCACAUCCUCUUCACUCCAACAACGUCUCUUUGGUUUCACAACACCUCUCUCUCAUCCUCAGAGAAAUCGAUUCUUCGCAACGCAAACUCUCUCAGAUGGAGGAAGAAAUGAUCGAUUACGAGUCUCUCCAUCUUUCGAAUCAAGAAACCCCUCAAGAGAUUAAACUGUUCCUCCAGCACCAUCAGAUUCCUCUUGGUAAAGAUUCUCGUACUGGAAUCACUGAAAUGGUUGCGUCCGUUGGACAUUCUAGCAAAACGUCUCUACAUUUGUUAUCUCAGUACAUGUCGUACGAACCAUUCGAAAAAUGUCCUGAUGAUUGGAGCCUAGCUCAGAGGUUGAUUCUCCAUUCUUGUGAACCAUUGCCACGACGUCGAUGCUUGGCUAAAACAGUACACAAGCCCGGUCUUGCUGUGUUCAUCGGUUAUAAAUCAGUACUCAGAGAUUGUUUAUAUUCUCGAAACCCAUAUAUUUUUAUUGAAAGAUGA